AUGGCGACCACCUUUGAUAUUUCGCCCGAGAAAAGGGCAGGCCAACUCCAUUACUAUUACCGCCAACUUUUUGUCACUCCCCAGCCUGUAUUACGUCGCAACGCAGGAUUAAGCGGGAAAACAGCUAUCGUAACGGGAUCUAACAGUGGAAUAGGGCUAGAGAUAGCAGGCCAGCUUGUAGAUCUAGGAUGCAGCGUCAUUUUAGCCGUCCGCGAUGAAAGCAGAGGCGAAAAAGCCCGCCAGGAACUGAACAGCACCCGCAAUAUUCCACCCGAUAUAGUUCAAGUUUGGAAAUUAGACAUUUCGUCCUACGACUCCAUUUCCACCUUCAUAAGCCGUGUCAAGGGCUUGGAAAACCUCGAUAUAGCCAUCCUCAACGCCGGCGUGUAUAAAUUUACGGAGUCAUUUAGCUCGACUGGCUACGAAGAGAGUGUGCAGAUAAAUUACCUAUCUAACAUACUCCUCAUGAUCCUAUUAUUGCCCAUCAUCAAAGAGAAAAGAAUUGGGAGUGCUCCCGGUCAGAUUUGCCUGGUAUCAUCCGACGCGGCUGCCUGGUCCAAGUUCGAAGAAAGAAGCUCGUCGCAUUUGCUAUCAGCAUUUACGACGAAAAUGGCCAAUUGGAAUAUGGCAGACCGCUAUGCGACAUCAAAACUUCUUGGGCAACUAUUCAUCACAGAGCUAGCGAAGCACGUCCCCCCGUCAGUUGUUACCCUUACUGCCGCCAACCCCGGAUUUUGUAAUGGCUCAGGCCUCGGUCGCGAAUUCCAUGGCAUUAUCUAUCUCAUUGUCAUGAUCCAGUUUUUCUUCCUCAGUAGGACAUGCGCUGUUGGGGCCCGCACAAUAGUUCAUGCUGUUAGCAGUUUUGGCGAGCAGGCACAUGGGCAAUAUAUUGAAGAUGCAAAGAUUCAACCCAUGCCACCCAUCAUAUACAAACCCGAGGGUUUGCGUCUUGCGAAGCAGCUUUACGAGGAGACUUUGGAUGAACUUUCUUUCGCCGGUCUCAGGGAUAUCAUAAACCAGGUGUCAAAAACCAAGUAG